AUGGAUCCUAAUCUACUGCACUGGAAAAGCCACGGCCUGUCAUUUCUCGAGCGUCUGAAGAUCUGGUUUGACCUUUUGGAUCCAACUAUACUGAUUUCCUCUGAUGCAGAAAUCCAAAAGGCCUACACUCUUCAUGGAAGUGGAGAAAAGACAAGUGAAAAAGAUGUGAGCACAGCUGCCACUCUUUCUCUUUCCUCGGUGCAUCCAGACACUGGGAAAGUUCUCCCUCUGAUCUACCGUCCUCCAGCCUUGUUUCCAAUAUCCACCCCGAUAGUUUACGCAGCAUUUCUUCCCCACAGCACGGUUAAAUCUGCUCUUCUUUGCCAGUUUUUGCUGCAGAGCUACUACACCGGCUUCAACUAUGCCAACAGAAACGCCUCAGUGGACACGGAAAAGAAGACGUCUCUAAAGCAGAUUUUCUUGAACCUGGGGACAGUGUCUUAUGCCACAUUCUCCGGGGCUCUUCCUCAAGUCAUUAUCAAUCGUCUUCAAGUGCAAGCGGUUUCGGCGCAGCACUUUUGUCGGACUGUUUUACCGGUGCCUCUCGCAGCAAUGUUGGCUUUUUUCAAUGUGUACAUCGUCCGAAGUGAAGAGUCUGAAAAUGGGAUCCAAGUGUUUGACUCUAACGGGAGCGAUGUGGGAGUGUCCAAAGCAGCCGGAGAAAAGGCCGUAAGAGAAACCGCUUUGUCCAGAGCUGCACUCAUGGGCACGUCUGUCGCUGCUCCCAAUCUUAUAGCUUCACUUCUGCAGAGGAGCCGGUUCUUCGGGAGGCGUCCGCUGCUGCUGUCUCCGCUGCGGCCGCUCAGUCUGGUGCUGGUGCUGGGACUCAUGAUCCCGGUGUCCUUCAGUCUCUUUCCACAACUGGGAACGAUAAACAAGGAGAAGCUGGAGGACGAGUUACAGGCCGCGGCCAAGGACGGACACUUGUUUUACCACCGAGGACUGUAG